AUGAGCGUAUGGAACUACGUGGUGACGGCUCACAAGCCCACCAAUGUCACCCACUCCUGUGUCGGCAAUUUCACCAGCCCACAGGAGCUCAAUCUCAUUACAGCGAAAUGUACGCGUAUCGAAAUCCAUCUCCUUACUCCGCAGGGAUUGCAGCCUAUGUUGGAUGUCCCUAUUUAUGGAAGAAUUGCCACUCUUGAGCUUUUCCGUCCUCAUGGUGAAGCGCAGGACUUUCUGUUCAUUGCCACAGAAAGAUACAAAUUCUGCGUUCUUCAGUGGGAUGUGGAAGCAUCAGAGCUAAUUACAAGAGCAAUGGGGGAUGUGUCUGAUCGAAUAGGCCGUCCAACAGACAAUGCUCAGAUUGGAAUAAUUGAUCCUGAUUGUCGGUUAAUCGGCCUACAUUUAUAUGACGGACUGUUUAAGGUUAUUCCUUUUGACAACAAAGGCCAGCUGAAAGAAGCUUUCAACAUAAGGCUCGAGGAGCUUCAAGUUUUGGAUAUCAAGUUUCUCUAUGGUUGUGCCAAGCCUACGAUUGUUGUUCUGUAUCAGGAUAAUAAAGAUGCUCGUCAUGUUAAGACAUACGAGGUUGCUCUGAAGGAUAAAGAUUUUGUCGAGGGCCCAUGGUCCCAGAACAAUCUAGAUAAUGGAGCUGAUUUGUUGAUUCCGGUCCCUCCACCGCUUUGUGGUGUACUCAUCAUUGGAGAAGAGACAAUUGUAUAUUGCAGUGCAAAUGCCUUCAAAGCUAUUCCUAUCCGACCGGCAAUUACGAAAGCAUAUGGGAGAGUUGAUGCUGAUGGUUCUAGAUAUCUACUUGGAGAUCAUGCUGGCCUUCUGAAUCUCCUUGUUAUAACUCAUGAGAAAGAGAAGGUCACUGGGCUCAAGAUUGAGCUCUUGGGGGAGACUUCUAUCCCAUCAACCAUAUCAUAUCUGGAUAACGCAUUUGUCUUCAUUGGUUCUAGCUUUGGAGAUUCACAGCUUAUAAAGCUCAACCUACAACCUGAUGCCAAAGGUUCAUAUGUGGAGGUCCUGGAAAGGUAUGUCAACCUAGGACCCAUAGUUGACUUCUGCGUGGUGGACCUGGAGAGGCAAGGGCAGGGUCAAGUUGUAACAUGUUCUGGAGCUUAUAAGGAUGGUUCGCUCCGUAUCGUUAGAAACGGAAUAGGAAUUAAUGAACAGGCUUCUGUGGAGCUUCAAGGUAUCAAAGGAAUGUGGUCUUUGAGAUCUUCCACUGAUGAUCCGUUUGACACCUUCCUUGUUGUCAGUUUCAUCAGUGAGACCAGAGUUUUGGCAAUGAACCUUGAGGAUGAGUUGGAAGAAACUGAGAUAGAAGGUUUCUAUUCACAAGUACAGACUUUAUUCUGUCACUAUGCAGUCCACAAUCAGCUUGUGCAGGUCACUUCAAGCUCAGUCCGACUAGUGAGUUCCACAACACGAGAGCUUCGGAAUGAGUGGAAUGCCCCAUCAGGCUAUUCAAUCAAUGUUGCUACUGCUAAUGCGAGCCAGGUAUUGUUGGCAACUGGUGGUGGCAACCUAGUUUACUUGGAAAUUGGUGAUGGGGUGUUGACUGAGGUGAAGCACACACAGCUAGAAUAUGAGAUUUCAUGCCUUGAUAUUAAUCCCAUUGGCGAUAAUCUGAAUCACAGCCAAUUGGCUGCAGUUGGAAUGUGGACGGAUAUAAGUGUGAGGAUAUUUUCACUGCCUGACCUAAAUCUUGUAACAAAAGAGCAUUUGGGAGGAGAAAUAAUACCUCGGUCGGUUCUUCUCUGUUCCUUUGAAGGGAUAUCUUACUUGUUAUGUGCGCUUGGAGAUGGUCAUCUCUUAAACUUCCAAUUGAACUUGAUGAGCGGAGAAUUGACGGAUAGAAAAAAGGUGUCCUUGGGAACUCAGCCUAUAACACUACGAACUUUCUCAUCAAAGAAUGCAACACACGUGUUUGCUGCAUCAGAUAGGCCAACAGUCAUUUACAGCAGUAACAAGAAACUACUCUACAGCAACGUAAACUUGAAAGAAGUCAGUCAUAUGUGUCCUUUUAACUCUGCUGCUUUUCCAGACAGUCUGGCUAUUGCAAAAGAGGGCGAGCUUACUAUCGGUACUAUAGAUGAGAUCCAAAAGCUUCACAUUCGGUCAAUUCCACUGGGGGAACAUGCAAGGAGAAUCUGCCAUCAAGAACAGUCUCGAACGUUUGCCAUUUGUAGUUUAAAACACCAAACUAGUGCAGAAGAGUCAGAGACACACUUUGUCCGUUUGUUAGAUGAUCAAACCUUUGAGUUUUUAUCCGCUUACCAACUGGAUCCAUUUGAGUAUGGAUGUUCCUUGCUGAGCUGCUCCUUCUCAGAUGACAGUAAUGUGUACUAUUGUGUCGGGACAGCAUAUGUUCUGCCAGAAGAAAAUGAGCCUACGAAGGGUAGGAUACUGGUUUUCAGUAUUGAAGAUGGGAAGUUGCAGCUCAUCACUGAGAAGGAGACUAAGGGGGCUGUUUAUUCUUUGAAUGCUUUCAAUGGCAAAUUACUGGCUGCCAUAAAUCAGAAAAUCCAAUUAUACAAAUGGAUGCUAAGAGAUGAUGGCAGCCGUGAGUUGCAGUCAGAAUGUGGACAUCAUGGGCACAUACUCGCUCUCUAUGUCCAAACUCGUGGAGAUUUCAUUGUAGUUGGUGAUCUGAUGAAGUCUAUAUCCUUGCUGAUUUAUAAGCAUGAGGAAGGUGCCAUCGAGGAGCGAGCCCGGGACUAUAAUGCAAAUUGGAUGUCAGCAGUGGAGAUUCUUGACGAUGAUAUCUACAUUGGUUCAGAGAACAACUACAACCUGUUCACCGUGCGGAAGAACAGCGAAGGUGCUACAGAUGAGGAGAGAAGUCGUCUCGAGGUCAUCGGAGAAUAUCAUUUGGGAGAGUUUGUGAACCGGUUCAGGCAUGGUUCCCUUGUUAUGCGGCUGCCCGAUUCAGACGUCGGCCAGAUUCCAACGGUUAUAUUUGGCACCAUCAAUGGCGUGAUCGGGGUUAUCGCCUCGCUUCCUCAUGACCAGUAUCUGUUCUUGGAGAAGUUGCAGACAAAUCUGAGGAAGGUGAUAAAGGGUGUUGGAGGAUUGAGCCACGAGCAGUGGAGAUCGUUCAACAACGAGAAGAGAACUGCGGAUGCUAAGAACUUUCUGGAUGGCGAUCUAAUAGAGUCGUUCCUUGAUCUCAGCCGGGUCAGGAUGGAUGAAAUCUCCAAGGCCAUGAGUGUCUCGGUGGAAGAGCUGUGCAAGAGAGUGGAAGAGCUUACAAGGCUUCAUUGA